AUGCCUUCCUUUUCAAAGAUAUUUAUCGAUGACCCCGAACUCGAGCCCGAGAUCCUCCACGACAGAAAGUGGCCUCGUCUUCUGAUGAAGCCUACCGGAGAGAUUCUGUCGGUUGGUAUGGCAAAGCGAAUCAUGCGGUAUUUCAACGAGGGGCUUUCUUGUGAAGAAGUCCCUCUCAAAUUUCGUGAAGAGUGGAACCGUGAGAUAUGUCCGGAUACAGCAGAGGCAGUUCUCGAUAUGGACUUCGACACGACUGAGCUCCCUGUCCCCGAAGGAGAACAUGUAGUGUUUCCAGAGGAACCCGCCAUCGACCAUCCAGAAUUUGUGCGCGGGACCGUUAUCCCAUCAGGUAUAUACUAUGAGAUUAUCAAUCUUCGUGACAAUACUCCCGCAUUUGUUGAGAAGUACCUAUCGACUAGAUGGGGAUUCGAGCUGGAAGAAGAUAUGAUUAUUGAGAUCUGGAAUGAGUGGAUCGAUGCGCUUCCCACAAACGAGGACGGAGUGCCUGUCGUUCCUGUUGGCGACGUUCGACCGGCUCCUCCUGGACGGCGUCUAGCUGAGCUUGGGACUGAAAUCAUUGAAGCUCAGGAUAGGCGAUCAUCGUUUUCUGUUCCACCUCCACUAUAUUCACCUCGCCCCACUUGGGGCAAUGUGACUUUCAAGCAUCCCCACGAAGUUGGCGAUUUUGGAGGACAGCUUGCGCCUUAUUAUAGCCCUGGCGACACUCCGAAUCCUCCGGAAUACUCUCCUGGGCUCCCGCCACCGAUUUAUGGCAAUGUCCCAAGCUACCUAGACUUUUCGUCGGGGCUUCCAUCACCGGUUUGUGAAAACGUGGAAGCUGUUGGAGAAUCUUCCCAUAUUGAUGUAUCUAUGGCAGAUUUCCCUCCAGUGCAAGAGAGCCCUGCGUCUCCCGCCGUUCCUGGGCCCCGUCAGCUGAUGGUCUCAGAUCGUAAGCCUCCCGGAUGGCUUGGUUGUGAUGAGACUGUGAGUAGUGUGUUCAACAAGCAAGAUAUCAUCGAGUAUCUCAAUGAUCAGUAUCGCCUUGAUCCAGCUGACAUUCCUUCAGUCAUUUAUCCUUACGGUCCUCAUGAACCGGUUCACCUUGCAUCCCGAGCGAUCCACGAGACUCCCUCAAGGAUUCGUCGUAUCAUCUCAGAGGCACGUCAUAGACGAAUGCAAGAAAUUGAUAUUGAGUCAGGCGUUGACUUUGCGAACGCGACGCCUUGGGAAAUUAUCAACAGCUCGAUGGCUGGGACAGUUCGGGGCUUAUUUGAGCUGCUGCAGCCAGACGUGACUACCCGAGUCUCGUAUUUCGACAAUCUUUCGCCUUCCGCCAACGCAAUUGGACUAGUAAACCAUCUGGGACGUGCCAAAGGUUUGAACGUUAUGGGUAUUCAUGACGAAAGCUCUGAUCUGACGGCAGGCAUCCUGAAGCUGUUUUACAAGCUUACGGAUCCUUCUGUCACUAUGACUUUAAUGUCAUUCAGUACAGCCAACCAUCGCUAUACCUUUGCUUCAUUGUUCGACUUCCUGGCGGAGGUGAAUGAGCGAAAAAAUCGCAUUUCAGACAUGUUCGCCGGGUUUGCCAACUAUCAUCGCGCUCCUAGUUCGACUCUUGAUAUUGACGUUGACAUGGUCGACGGUCUUGUCAAUCACCCUCAUAUUCCUCGUUCAGUACCCAAUGUCGCCCCUCAACCUUCUCCUAAUCCAGGGACGGACUUUCAUCUAACAAUACAAGCUCCUGUACGUAGGUCAGAUGAGCCUGUUCAAUAUCUUAACGCAAUGUUUUCAUCGAGACGCGUGCAAUCUGCCAAUAGCGAAGCUUCGGAUGAUCUGCAUGCACACAGAAUCGCGAGACACACUCGAAUUCUGUAUCGGCUCCAAGAUUGGUUGAGCCAGCUUGCAGAAAUCCCUGAGAAUUUAACAGAGGCAAAUCUUAUCGCGGACCGGCUGGUGCAAUACGCCGCAGAGAUUGAUCGGUGUAGAGAGUCAUCAGACGCACAACCGCAAUUGUGGAGAUUGGGCUUUGAGCUCGAGAACUUGCAGAGUGACCUUGAGAUCACAACCUUCGCGGACAUGAUCAUGCUUGAUCCAGAUGGUUUACCUCAGCACGGCGCUUUCUACAGUGAAUGGCAAGCUCAGUGGGUGCGGAGUUUUCAGGCAGAUAUCGAAGAACUCCAUGCCGAGUUCUAUUGCCUGACGUAUGGUGCCCUUCGAGUCAGAACGCUCCCAGCGCAAGACUCUGAGACCCGUGUUAUCACUCAUAGCGACAUCCGCCGGGACUUGUUGCCUCUCAUGAUGGAAUUCGAGUAUAUGGAACACAGUCCAGAAUGGCCCUUCCUGCGCGAGCAAUUGUGGAGAGCGGCGAGUGGCCAGGGUGUUGUGCUAGAGGAGCUCCUUGUCGAGCUACGCUACAAGGAAACUAUUACCCCCGAAGAGCGGCACGUUGCCAAUCAUGAGGGUCUUGAAGAAGAUGAGAUCUAUGAGGGUAGUAAUGAGGAGACGGAAGACGACGACGAUAGCGAUGAUGAUGGCGCGCGCCGAAGCGUUGCCCCGCGACACUCGGCUUUCACCACCGCCGUCCAGGACCUCCCAGAUCCGCCUGAGGACGACAAUACGGACCAGCCGCCGGUUCGCGCCAUGGACAUGGGUGCGCUCCGCAGAAUCACAUACUCUCUGGCCGUGGACGAGGCUGCAGCGGCACGCCGCUCGAACCGCUGCCGCACUUGGCAAUCACCUGACCCUUCCACGGACGCGGACGGUGACAGCGAUUUGACCGACGCCAGCGGCAGUGAGACCUCUGACAGCAAUAGCGGCGUGCGUACAGCGCACUCCGCCGAAUCUGGUGAAGAGCGAUUGUAUAUCCAACCACCGCGACGUCGACCUGACCUUCGAGACUUGGACAUGUUUGGGGACGACUCAAGCUGGGAGGAAUCGGAUGGGGACUCGGAUGCACACUCGGACGUUGAGAUGUUGGUAUAG